GUAUACGAUAUCAUGAUAAAUAUAAUUUAUCAUGUAAAAUAUAUUAUUUUGUCCAAUGUAAAGAAUACGAUUGUGUUUAACUUAAUAAUUACUCAAAACAAAUAGUAAACUAGUGAAUAUCAGUUUAAUUGUAAAUGUGAAAGUGAAAAUGUAAAAAUAAACUAUAAUGAAAAAGUGAUUGUAACUAGUAAUAUUAGAUCAUUUAUUUGUAUUCUAAUAAAACCAAUGUUUACAACUACGCUUUGGACUUUACCUUUGAAAUGUUUGAAAGUUAAUGCAUUUAGAUAAUUUUAUUGAAUAGUAAAAAAAACAAUCAGGAAACUCUCUUUACUCUGUAAUAUCAAAUAUCAUAAAGUUUUUGUUUUUUAAUUUAAUUUCUUAUCUUUAAGUGUAAUAAUAAAUUUAUAAAUUAAUAUUUAUUGAGUCAUUGAAUUGUUGUUUUUGUCUAAAACUUAUAGUGUGUUUACAAUUAUGUCGAUCAUGGAAAUAUUUCAAAUUAUUAAUGUAAAAAACCAUUAUCUAAUAAAAAGUUGUUUGGUAAUAUCUUUAGUUACUGUUACAACUUGGAUAACAAAAAUUCUAAGGAAAAAUAACAAAAUAAGACAGAACGACAAUGCCCGACAAUUUAUUAGCGAUAAAAUAACUUCAAUUCCAUUGAUUAUUAUAACAGGUUGUGAUACAGGUCUUGGAUAUUCAAUUGUUAUGAGAUAUUUAAAAGGCAAUUAUAUUAAUGAAAAUCAAAAGAAUGGUAAAAUACAUGAUUUACUAUUUUUCAGUAAUAAAUCACUAAUAAUCCCAAAUAGAAUUGCAAUAGUUGCAUUUUGUUUGAAUCUUAAUAGUCCAGGCGCUAAAUGUUUACAUCAACUAUCACUUAAAAAUAAUAACAUUCAAUUGUUUGUUAAACAAUUGGAUUUAACUGAUACUGAUUCUAUUAAAACUGGAGUGAAUUUUAUUAAUGAUUUACUUCAACAAAACAUUGAUAUAAUUGGUUCACACAAUAAAACAUUUUGUUUAAAGUAUGAACUACAUGCAUUAGUCAAUAACGCAGCUCGAAUGGUGAUGGCAGAAUAUGAAUGGCAAACACCAAAAAUGAUAAAACAGCAAUUUGAAGUUAAUAUUUUGGGUCCAUUAAUGUUAACUGGAAUGCUAUUGCCAAUAUUUCGUAAAGAUAAAAGUCGUGUGAUAAAUGUAAUUAGUCAUUGUGCCUAUCUCCCACUUCCUGGAGUAUCUCUAUAUGGUGCAACAAAAGCUGCUGUACGUGCAUGGACAAUGGGAUCAAGAGUUGAACUUGAAAGUCAUGGUAUAAAAAUGAUCACAUUUUCCCCAGGGUCAUUUUAUCUCCAUUCCUCUAUUAUGAAUGGCGAACAAAGAAUAAUUGAUUAUAAGGAUAUGUGCGAUAAUAUGAAUAAAGAGCAAUUGGCUUAUUAUGGUGCUUAUAUGCAAGCCUAUCAAAAUUACCUGAGUACAAUUGACCCAUAUAUUAAUCCUCCAGAAAUUACCAUUCCAAGUACUAAUAAAAUAUACAGUCUGAUGGAUAGUGCAUUGUGGGCAGUCAAACCCAAGGCUGAGUAUAAUGUACCUGAACCUUGGCGGUAUAGAAUUUAUUUUGCUAUUGCUUGGACUCUAUCAUCAUUAGGAUUACAUUAUUUCAAAGAUAAAGUUGUACGUCGUUUUGUGGCUACACCACAGUUUCAUAAUAUUUCAAGUCAAGUUAAAAAUGUUAAAUAAAUAGAAUUCAGAACUUAUAAAAUUUUCAUAUUAUCUAUACUGAUUAUAAUAAAACAUAGUAUAGUGAUGUAUAAAUGUAAAACAUUUCAGAAUAAUACAGUGAGUUCAUUUUGCAUAAUUUUACAUAUUUUGUGUGUUUUAGCAUAUUUUAAGUAUUUUGUUUUAAUAAGACAUAUAAAUUCUAUAUUUUAUGUAAUAGUAUCAAUAACAGAUAGAAAAUGAAUAAUUUUGAAUCUAGUUUUUAGAUUAUGCAGUUAUUAAGUAUAAUUUAAUAAAGUAAUUGAUUAUUAUAAAAACAAUUAUAAUAAUAAUACUAUUAUUAUAAUCAGGCGUGCCACUCAGGAUUUAUGUUGAGGGGAGGUAUCGGCUCCAAAACUCCCUUCCUCUUAGGUAUGCCAUUGUCAUAGUCAUAGAUAUGUAUAUUCAUCAUUCUAAUCAUGCACAUGAACGACCUACUAGAUUUGAUCAAUAAUAUAAUUCAUUUUUUAUACUAA